AAAAAUGGACGAACUGACGGUUGAGGUUCGUGGCUCCAAUGGAGCUUAUUAUAAGGGCUUCGUCAAAGACGUUCAUGAGGACUCGCUCUCUAUCUCGUUCGAAAACAAUUGGCAGCCGGAGAGACAGGUCCCGUUCUGUGACGUGCGCUUGCCUCCUCCUGCUGACGUGAAGAAGGAGAUCGGCGAGGGAGACGAGGUGGAGAUCUACUCGAGGGCGAACGAGCAGGAACCGUGUGGCUGGUGGCUCGCGAAAGUGCGCAUGAUGAAGGGAGACUUCUAUGUGAUUGAGUACGCAGCUUGUGACGCCACAUACAACGAGAUCGUCACGUUCGAGCGCCUGCGGCCUGUGAACCUCAACAAAGCUGUGACAAGAAACACCUUUUACAAGUGCACUGUUCCUGUUCCUGAUGAUCUGAAGGCUGCCUGUGAGAAUGAGCUUGCUCAUAAGGACUUUAAGAAGGCUGUAGGAGCGAGCAGGAUCUUCUACAACCCUGAAACCUGUGAGCUGCUUGUCCUAUCUGUAAACGAGGUGACGGUGAAGAGAGUGUCUCUCCUGAGUGACAUGCACUUGAGGAGCAUUCGCACUAAACUCAUGCUCAUGUACAGGAACGAGGAGGCCACAAAACACUUAGAGAGCUCGAAGCAGCUAGCGUCAGCGUUCCAGGAGGAGUUCAUCGUGCGUGAGGAUCUGAUGGGUCUCGCCAUCGGUAGCCAUGGCACAAACAUCCAACAGGCCAGGAAAAUUCCGGGCGUGACUGCCAUCGAGCUGGACGAAGAGAGUGGCACAUUCAGGGUUUAUGGAGAGACUGCAGAGGCUGUCCAGAAAGCAAGGAGCUACCUGGAGUUCCUGGAAGAGUCAGUACAAAUUCCCAGAAAUCUAGUCGGCAAGGUGAUUGGUAAAAACGGCAAGGUCAUUCAAGAGAUCGUGGAUAAAUCCGGGGUGGUGCGAGUACGGAUCGAAGGAGACAAUGACAACAAUCUUCCCAGGCAAGAGGGAAUGGUGCCCUUCACAUUUGUUGGCACAAAGGAGAGCAUCGGAAACGUUCAAGUCCUUCUGGAGUACCACAUUGCUUACCUGAACGAGGUGGAGCAGUUGAGGUUGGAGCGGCUGCAGAUCGACGAGCAGCUGCGUCAGAUCGGUUUGGGUUAUCGGCCCGUUCCGGCACGUUCCAUGGAAAAAGACAAAGAGAGGAGCUAUGGGAUGGACGAAAGUGUAUCCGCCGUCUCGCUCCACUCCGGGCGCUCCUACAUGGGCCGGGGACGUGCACGCAGGACCGCCAACCACAACUCAGCCUACGGAAUGAACUCUGAGCACCCAUACACCUCAGAGACGGAUUCUGAGCGGAGAGAUGAGCUGAGUGAUUUCUCUCUAAGAGAAGAUGAGGAUGAGCGUGGUGUCCAGCCCAGGGAUAGCAGGAGGAGAGCGGCAGGAGUCAGAGGUCGCGGUGGGUCGGGAGUCAGAGGUCACGGCUCUGGAAGAGGGUCAGGGAGCACCAUGAGCUCAGUUCUGAAGGAUCCAGACCGGAACCCGUACAGCAUUUUGGAUACGUCCGAGUCGGAUCAGAUUGCCGAUGCAGAAGGGAGCGAGUGUGAACCGAGUUCUCGGAGCCGACGCUCGCGCCGCCGACGCCCUGAAUCUGACGACAACACAUCACUCAGUGAGAAUGGCCUCGAUGAGCCUGAAUUUAAACCUCCGCGGCAAAUCCACAGCCGCCGCCGUCGCAUUCGUCCUCCAGAGGAGAGACAGCCAGUCACAGUGGCCGAUUACAUAUCACGUGCUGAAUCACACAGCAGGCAGAGAAUGCCACGAGAUCUGAAGAAGAAUAAAAAAGACUUGCGUCAGGUGGACGUCAUAUCUGAGCACGCCGUCUCCAAACAGCUCACCAACGGCCCCGAUGCUAACACUGACGAGCAGAGAAAGGCACCAUGCGCUUCCACAGAAACGACCCCCAACGGGGAAAGUGAUGUGGCCAAGCCAACCGUCGUUAAUGGACUCUCCUAAACACCCCGAUCUGUUCCUGUAUUCUUUCUCCAAACAGUCGUAACCUUUACAUUUUUACAAUAGUGCUUGUACGAGCUCGCCAAAGAUAGACACACACACACACACACACACACACACACACACGGACUUCCAGAUUCUUCUCUCUGCUGCACUUUUCUGUUCCUUCACCAUGGAUCAGGUAUGAAGGGAGAACAUGAAAUAAACAAAAGGAGCCCUGAAGUGCAAUGCAUUAUUAGCAGUUUUUUUCUGUCCAGUUAUCUUUACCAUGAAGGCUAAACGUAUAUCUCUGUAAUGUUCUCUAUAAAUAUGAUCACUCCAGACCUGCCAACCUUUAGGUAUGUUGCAUAAGAGCUUUAAGCAACAUUUUAACAUCAGAGUCUGCUGCUUCAAGCCAGUCGUCUUUUUUUCCCCUCCAUAAAAAUGGCAGAUGAGCCAAUCGAUAUAUUAAUCUGCAAUGAUUGACAGUUGCGUACGUGCUUUGAUCUCUUUUAUAUUAACUAAACCUCUGGAAACCCCUUACUGCCAUCUAAAAAUUAGUAAUCUCUCGUCUCGACUCGAUUUUCCCGCCAAUGCGUCGUCAUGGUAAGUGGAAAAUGUUUUGAGUUCCUUAAUGUGAAUUAAAAUAUUUGUGUGUUCCACUUAGCUAACAUGUUACAUAGAUUUAUUAGGAUACCACAGAGCAUUUCCUGCCGAUAUUCAAAAACAGCACUUUUUCGCCGAAAGAAGAAAAAAAAAAGAUUAAACAGUCUUACAAUGACCGUUUACAAAUAAUAAAUGCUUUACAAAAAAAAAAAAAA